AGUAUGCCAAUUCAUGCCCCUCAUUAUGGUGGGGACCUUACACUAUUGAAGGGGUGAGGGAGGGCCACAUUUUUAGAUCCAUUUUUCGUACACCAAUUGUAGGACCAUUUGUGGCAGUAUGGUCCACACAGAAAAAGUCAUACUUUUCUUACCCUUACACGUGUCAUCAUCACACUACCUCUUCCCUUAUAUACCUCUUCAACUUCAACCGUCUGAUUCAUCCUUCUUCCUCCAUUUUCCACUGCUCCACUUUUCUUUUCUUUUUUUUUCUCGUCUCCCAUUUGAACAAUUUUGAGUGCAAAUAAUUUCUAAAAAAUAUGUCGAAUUAUCAUGACCCAGAUGAUGAGUGUGGAACUUCCGAGCUCAGCAACGGCGCCGGUGGGGAUCUGAAUGACCGGAAAAUCGACGGUGAUACAGUUGCCGAUGAGAAAAAGGUGGUGUUUUCGGCUAUGAAAGAAGAAUCGUUUGAUUCCGAUCAUCAUACUUUGGUUCCGUCAAUGCUUAUGCCGGUGGCUGCUGCCUCCGCUCCGCGACGGUCUUCAACCAAGGACCGCCACACAAAAGUAGAGGGCCGUGGGCGGAGGAUCCGAAUACCUGCUACAUGUGCGGCUCGGAUCUUUCAGUUGACCCGAGAACUAGGUCACAAGUCAGACGGAGAAACUGUUCGGUGGUUGCUUGAACAUGCGGAGCAAUCUAUUAUUGAAGCUACCGGUACCGGAACUGUACCGGCGAUAGCAAUUUCUGUCAACGGGACGCUUAAGAUUCCGACGAGUUCUCCGACGAAUAAUCGAGAAAUCGACGAGAACCAUCCUCAGAAACGUAGAAGGCAAUCAACAAACUCAGAGUUCAUUGAUGUGGGAAGUUUGAAUAGAAAUGCAGAAAAUGUUUCACAAUUUGCUCCGGUUACAACCACACCGGCGACAAUAACCACCGCCACUGCUCCGCCGGGACUAGUACCCAUAUGGGCUAUGAGCAAUGGGGGUAUGAUGGUACCAUCCAAUGCCAUUUGGAUGAUACCAGCUACGGUCCCACCGUCUCAAGUAAACAUGACCAAUAACAACAACAAUAACAAUAAUAACGUCUUGCAGUAUCCUCAAUUAUGGACACCUGUUUUUAAUUUGGCUACGAGGUCAAUAUCAUCAUUAGUGGCUGCAACAGUUGCACCAGGAAUGAUGGCAGGACCGUUAGCGAUGAAUAAUGCAGUAGCAACAACUACGGGGCCUAAAGUUGGGUCGAAUAAGUCUAGCAUGGCUCCAGCUAGUUUAAGUUCUAGCACAAAUAGAAAUAACAACAAUAAUGAUGUUAAACCUCAUAUGCUAAGAGAUUUUUCACUUGAGAUUUAUGAUAGAAAAGAGCUACAGUUGUUGAGUCGAAGUGAAAAUCAUCAACAAGAAGCUCAAGUUACAUCUUCAAAGCCAUGAUGAAGAUAGAGAUGACGGGUUAAUGGGCGAUCAAGAAGGCCUAUGGCUUAAAAUUGUUUCGAGUGAUCGAUCCUACAUCAUAAUUCAUCAGUAGCAAUGAAGACAGAGACAGAUUUUUAGGCCAAAUAUGAUACUCUCUAUGUACAAAUUAGAGGACACUAGCAAUUCACUUUUUUUUUUGUUUCUUUUGCUUUUGUUAAACUAAUGUUAAUUAGAAGUUGAAUGAUGUGCAACUCUCUUCAGGUAAUUUCAAAUAAAUCAUAUAUCUGUUUAUUGUAGA